CGUAAAAGAUUACCUUCGAGAAGCCAGCCAGAACCCAGGUGGAAGUGUCGCCCAUCUGUCGUGGCGGGGGUUGACGAUCCUCCGAUUCGAGUGGUCGCCGGCAGUUUGAGUGCAAUCUUGCAAGGAUUUUUAAAGAGCCGGCCGGGUCUGAACUUUGACGCCGUUGCUGUCGGGUGACUUUCGGGUUGUUGUCAUGAAUGAAGGACAACACAGAAUAUUGCGUUAGCUGAAUCACUUGCUGCCUGGAUGGGCGGAACUUUCUCGGUUGAUAAUGAUCUUUGUCAUCUAUGGUUUUGCCGAGAAUUCGAUAGAUUUGUUCGACGAUUUUAUUGGGGGUUGCAUUUUGCCACUCCUUUGGGAAGUAUCAUACGAUAAGGGCGGAUUGGCGAUAAAUGCAUUUUGUCGGGGUGGUUUAGAAUCACCUGAAGUGGCUUAUUAAAGGUCUGUUUCGGAUGGGAAGUGCAUUUAGUUGUUGCAAAACGAUACGGGUGUCAACAUUGUCUACUCGAGUGCCCUUCCAAUGUUUAGUCAGAACCAAACUGUGAUCGAAUAGUUUUACUUUGUAACGGAUAAGAUGCAGGUUUUCGUUUUAGUUUUGGCUCAACUGAGCUUAGUUGUUCUAAUCAGUUCGUCUCCACUAUUCUACGACAGUCGACCAACAGCGGUGGUGAAUAGGUUAGAUUUUUCUGAUUCAACGAUUGAUGGUGAUCGAAUAAGUACACUUUUGGAUGAUGACGCAGAAGAGAAUGAAGUGGGUGUAAACUCAGCUACUAAUGAAGAAGAAAACGAUGUGAAUACUCCUCAUGGUGAAAAUGAAAAUGGAUCAAACAGUUCUAAUGAUGGAGAAAAAGUUACAAAAAAACCAAGUAUUUCUAAACCUCCUAAGGAAGUGAAUGAGAGCGAAAUCAUAAAGAGUGAAUCUACAACAGAAACUAACACAGGUUUUUCAAAGACUUCUAAGAAAAUACCAGAGAAAGGAACCACGGGAUUUGAAAUAACUACGCUGCGUUCCACUGUUGUAGAAGAAACAGAAUCUGAGUUAGAUAAAUUACAAACACUUCAUACAACGUUGAGAGAGACGAUUGCAACAGAAAAUCCUUCUUCCGAUACAACCGUUCCUCAAGCUACUACAAUACCAUCGCAACCGUCGGGAGCAGAGGAGACGACUUCAGCAAACACCCUACAAACGAUUACACCAUCGACUGAAACUGCACCCACAUCAGGGACAGAACAGCCUACCACUGAACCAGUUUCUGAAACUACGAAAUCUCCAGUAACGGAAACAAACGCAACUGGCGGAGGAGCAACGAUUACGGAUUCUUCAGUUGAGACAACCGAGCGUUCCUCGCCUACUACAUCACUAGUGUCGAGUACAGAAAAAAUGACAGUUGAAAACCCCUCUCUUGUUACAGAAACUUCCACCGGAAUGGGAUCAACUGGAACGGAUACCUCAAUUACUCCGGAAGAAUCAAAUCCCCCAACAUCAGGGGAAUCCACAGGAACUACUGAAGAAACUGACACGAUCGAAAGUUCCACUGCUACUAUACCGCCAGAUACAACAACUACCAGUUCAGAAACUACUACUGAUAAUGAUGUGAAUGUAUCAGAAUCUACACCGGAAGAGACAACUCAAACAAGCACGUCCCAAACGACAGACUCAAUGAUAGUUACGGAAACGGUCUCCACAAUCGAUCCAGCAGAAACAACUCACACAACAUCCAGGAUAGGUACAGAAGAAACAACGGAACCAGCAACUGAUAGUUCUACCGCUUCUACACUACCAGGGUCGAGCACCGAAACAACGUCAAUUGAGAUAACGGAUUCUUCGACUGAAAGUACGGUAGUCACAAGUGAACCGCAAGAAACGACUCAAAUAACAGCUGAAGUGGGUACAGAAUCAACUGAAGUCACAACUUCAGCAGCUGGUACUUCCACAACAUCUGCAUCGACAGAGACAAGUUCAAACGCUAUUUCCACUACAGAAACGACACUAAAUACUGAAACGGUCUCCACAAUUGAGCCAGAAGAAACAACUCAAACAACACCUGGGAUGAGUACUGAAUCAACUGAGGAGACAACAGCAACAACAAUAGCAGAUAGUUCCAUGGUUACUACACCGGAUGAGUCGAGCGUUGCAACGGCACCAAGUGAGAGCACAGUUUCAACGACGGAAGUAACAACAAUCACUGAACAAUCGACCUCAACAAAUGAACCUGAAGAGACAACCCAAACAACAUCUGGUGUGGGUACAGAGACAACUGAGGGUACUACUUUCACAACAAUUGAAAGUUCCACGAUAUAUACAACAGAUGCGUCAAAUACCGCAACGGAACCAACUGAGAGCACAGUUUCUACGACGGAAAUGACGACAGUCACAGAAACGGUUUCCACAAUCGACCCGGAGGAGACAACUCAUUCAACACCUGUAUUGGGUACAGAGACAACUGAGGAGCCAACUUCAACAACAGCUGAAAGUUCCACGAUUUCUACAUCAGAUGCGUCAAGUACCGCAUCGACUACAAUAGAGGGCACAGUUCCAACAACUGAGACGACCAUAGUUAUUGAAACGGUUUCCACAAUCCACCCGGAAGAGCCAACUCAAACAACAUCUGGAGUGGAAACGGAGACAACCGAAGAGGCAACUAUAACAACAACUGAAAGUUCCACGGUUUCUACAUCGGAUGCGUCAAGUAGCGCAACGGCACCGAUUGAGAGCACUACGGAAACGACUUCAGUUACUGAUACGUUCUCGACAAUUGAAACAGGAGAAACGACUUAUACAACACCAGUUGUGGGUACUGAGCCAACUGAUGAGACAACUACAACAGAAGCUGGUAGCUCUACGACAUCUCCACCCCAUGAGACAAGUACCGAGACAAUAACAAGUGAAAGCACAUCUUCAACUUCAGAGACCACGAUAGUUACUGAAACUAUUUCUACAACUGAACCACAAGAAACAACACCAGCUCAUGAGACGACAACUGAAACGUCCACAGCUACUGCAUCUCAAGACCCGAGUACCGAAACAAGCAAUACAGAAACUACAACAUCUGAUGGAGUUACUGGUACAGAUAUAUCAACCACGAUUCAACCCGAGAUUACAAGCGGGGAGACAACAUCCGAAGCGGUUAGUGUUUCAACGACGGUAUCU